AUGUCGAUUCCCAUCGCCCCCUUUCCCCUGCCCUCAGAACACUCCGAGAUCCCCGACAGCGCCUACGAGCUAUGGACACUCUGUCUCACGCACCACCUGCAGACGCCCUCCCCCACCUUCAACAGUACCUCCGUCCCAGACCCCGCCCUCAGCACCUUCCUCAGCACCUACCUCGCACACUCUCCUCCCCCCAUUACCCCCGCCCAGCAAUCCCUCAAACGUAAAGUCAUCACUCUACUCCACCGCCUCUUCACCCUCCCCUCCCAGAUCGCCCUGCCCCCACCUUACACGAUACCCUCCUUCCUGCGCUCUCUCUCAACCUGCUUCCCGCGCUCCCGCCUGCUGCGCACAACACUUGACACUCCGCCCGUUUGGCGCCGCUACGAGACAACCGUCGAGACCAUGCUGCGGAGUGUCAUUGCCGGCAAGGGCGCCGGCAGCGAAGGCCUCGAAGCUCUGUUCCGCUUUAGUCGGCGCGCGGCAGAGACCUUCCUGGCAGGCGAUGACUGGGUAGAUCUGUGUGUCGACAACGGGCAUGUGCGCGAGUUCCGGACCGCCGUGCUGGAGGUCGCAAGCUCCGACACGGGGCGCAAGGGGAACUGGAGUCUGGUGACGGACCGGGUGUAUGUUCUCAUCGGCGCGGCGGAGAACCCGCGUGUUGGCGGGAGCGCGGGGAAGGAGAAGGCGUUUCUCAAGAGCCUUGUGGAGGAGACGAGUUUUGUGAGUGCGCUGCGGAAGGUUUCGCGCGAGACGCCGGAGGAGGGGCGGGUCGAUGCGUUGCUGGUUGCGCUGGAGCGGUUUGGGCGGCCGAGGGUUGUGAGGAGGAAGGUUGUUGUGGAGGGGAUGAGGGAUAAGGGGAAGGGCAAGAUGGUGGGCCCGAGCGAGGAGGAGGAGGUCGAGAUUAUGGGAAAGGUGGCCACGAUACGGGAGCUGUUCCCGGACUUGGGCAGCGGCUUUCUGCGGCGGUGUCUGGAGGCGUUUAAUGGCGAUGUGGAGCAGGUCACCAGCGCGCUGCUGGAGGAGUCGUUACCGCCGUCAUUGGUCACCGCAGACCGGUCAGAGGAAUACAUUCCACCAGAUACAGCCCCCGCAGCCCGCGCAGCCCCCACAGCUCCUGCAGCGCGCGCACCUGCCCCUCAAUCCACCUCCAAAUACACCCCCGCGCCCAUCACCCGCCGUAACAAAUACGACAAUGACGCCCUCGACACGCUCUCCCCCACCACCCUCCGCAACGUCCACGUCGGGCGCAAAAACGCCGCCCUCACCGCCGACACCCUCCUCACCACCAACGCCCCCUCCAAGACAUCCAUCCUCUCCGCCCUCGCCGCCAUCUCCCUCGACGACGACGAGCGCGACGACACCUACGACGCCACCGACGUCGGCGGCGCCGUCGACCCCACCGACGUCGGCGGCGCCGUCGACCCCACCAACGACGCGGACCCCGUCCCGCGCCCCGCCGCUGCAGUUCCAGACAGCAACGAGGACCCCGCCGAGAAGGCGCUGUGGGAGGCGUAUCGCCGUGACGGGGCGGUGUUUGGGCGGGACGCUGAGACGCGUAGGAGUGCUGGGAGGAGGGUGCUGAAGGGCGAGACGGGAAUGACGGAUGAGGCGAUUGAGGGGUGGAAGGUCAUGCUUGAGCGCGAGCCGAGGAGGCUUAGGAUGCUGGAGCGGCGUGGCCGCGGGGACAGGGGGAGGGGUGGCCGUAUUCGGGGUGAGAGGGGCGGAAGGGGCGGAAGAGGUGGGAGGGGGAGAGGCGGCGGGAAUGUCGCGGGCCCGAGUGGAGACAAGGAGACGAUGCAGGGGAGGGCAAAGAAGGAGGCGAGUAAAGGGAGUAGAGCUAACCAUAAUAGGAGAGACCAGAGGACAAAGAAGAUGGCGAGGGGUGGCGCAUUCCCGCCGCUGGCUUAG